AAAGCAUACAUUUGUUUAUUUUUCUUCCCGGCAAUUUGCGCUCGCAGUUGCAAACUCGUUAUGUGACGGUAGGAAAACAUUUGCCGUGGCACACGAGCAGCAUUCUCUUCCAACAGACACCUGUUAGAAAGUAGAGGGCAAAAGUACACUAAAAGCCAAGAACUAAAAACAGCGAGUCCCAGAUUGGAAUACACAAUCAACGGCCACGAGCAACCACAGCAGUGCGCUGAAAACCUUUUAUGGCAAUUAAGUUCAACGCUCGGAAAAGUUCUUUCUAAACCAGCGGUCAGGAUAUUCCUGUGAACAUACGACCAUGUCACACGUUGUAAUUGGUGGUGGCACCGGCUUCAUCGGCCGCCGGCUGGUAAAGACGCUGCUCGCUGAAGGUCACGAGGUGACGACGAUUUCGCGCAUGCCGGGCCCGAAGCACAUCAGCUGGCACGAGCUGGAGAAGGAGGGCCUGCCGAGCGGUACGACGGCCGUGGUGAACCUGGCCGGCCAGAAUGUGCUCGAUCCCACCCGCCGGUGGACGCCCGGCUUCAAGCAGAACGUGUGGAACUCGCGCAUCAACACGACGGCGGCCUGCGCGCGGGCGAUCGAGCGCGCCACGGUCAAGCCGGCCGUGUUCGUCAACAUCUCCGGCGUCAGCCACUACGCGCCGGGCAGCCAGAAGCACACCGAGCUGUCCAAGGUGUCCGACUACGACUUCAUGUCCCGGCUGUGCAUCGAGUGGGAGCGGGCCGCCACGCUGUCGGACAACUCGAUCUGCCGCGUGGUGCGCGUCCGCAGCGGCGUCGUGCUUGGCCGGGAGGGCGGCAUGAUCCAGUCGCUGAUACUGCCGUUCUGGUUCGGGCUCGGCGGCCCGGUCGGCGACGGGAAGCACGAUCUGCCCUGGAUACACGCGGACGACCUGUGCGGGCUGAUACGGUUCGCGAUCGAGCGGCCGGAGGUAAGCGGGGUGCUGAACGGGGUCGCGCCGGAGCUGGCCACCAACGCGGACUUUACCAAAGCGUUCGCGGCCGCCCUGGUCCGGCCCGCCUUCUUUCCCAUGCCGCUGUUCGCGCUGAAUCUCGUGUUCGCCGCGGAGCGGGCGGUGCUGCUGACGAACGGCGCGAAGGUGGUACCGCAGCGCGUGCUGGAGUACGGGUUCCAGUAUCGGUAUCCGGACCUGCAGUCCGCCUGCAAGGAGGUGGCACACUUGUUCUAAGCCCAUGCACGAUCUCGCCCGCGCAGCCAAACGCAGCUCUAAACGCAGUCUUGGUUAGUUCCACUGCGCCAUGAUGAAAGUAGGCGGUGGGUGUAUGUAAUUAAGCCAGUCAUACUCUAAUGCACAUUAGUUUGUACGUUAUUUUUUUUGAAAUUAUAAAUAUUUUCAAUCUAAAAACAAAGCGUCCCCAUCACUGUUACUGGAUACAUUCGUAUGUUCAAUCGAACGUCUGUGUGAAGAGAAUAGAGAAAGCUUAACAACUAUUGAGCAAUCAUCCGUGUCUGUUCCGGAACGUCUGCUAGGAAUGCUUCUGUUUGUGGUAAAAGUAGCUUUUUUUCACUAUUUUUACUAUCUUGACUAUUUUGUACUUCAUACGUCAACUAUUUAUAUUAAAGAUACAUACAAGCCUUAUUACAAUUUACAUUUAUUUCUCUUGUGUAAAAUGUACACGAUGUUUUCGCGGCGAAAUUAAAAAAAGCAGCGGAGAGUCAUGAAGACAUCUGAUCAAUGUAAUAUUUCACAAAAAUCAUUCUAGCUAAUCGAACAACAGCAAGAAUGCCCAUUCUUUUGCCAUCUAAAGAUCUUUUAUAUGACCCGUAAUUUAUAAGAUACUAGUUAAUUUGGCCAGGUUACAGGGCUAGGCAACGAAAUUUCAAGGGUCCCCUGUAUACAGAAGUAUGCGCCGAGAUUAUGAGUUUUAAAACCGAAUUAAAAUCAGUAGCUGAUGACAACCUCUUGAGAGACCUUAAAAAAACCAUUACCAAUCCAAAACCCGAUACAAAACUAAACUUGCUUCAGGAAAUGAUCAUGAACCCAUACUGGUAUUGGGACUCAUACAAGAACUACACUGGUGCUGGGUUAUAUAAUGAACCCAUACCGGUCCUGGAACCACUCAUGAACCCAUACCGGUCCUGGAACCGAUCAUGAACUCCAGGAACUGAUACUGAACCUAUACCCAUACGAGUCCUGGAACCUAUCAUGAACCCAUACCGGUCCAGUAACUAAUACUGAGCCUAUAAACUGAUAUGAACUCCAGGAACUGAUACUGAACCUAUACCCAUACGAGUCCUGGAACCUAUCAUGAACCCAUACCGGUCCAGUUACUGAUACUGAGUCUAUAAAGGUUCUGGAACCGCUCAUGAACUCAUGAACCAGUCCUGGAACCGAUCUUUAACCGAUACCGGUCCUGGAACUAAUACCGAACCCAUAUCGCUGUUGGAACUGAUCAUAAACAAAUACCGGUCCUUGAACCGAUGAUGAACUCAUACCGGUUCUGGGACUAUCACUGAACCUACACUGGUCCUGGAAUCGAUGAAGAACUCAUAUCGGUCCUAGAACUGAUUCUGAACUUAUAUUGGCCCUGGAACUGGUCAUGAACCUAUACCGGUCCUGGAACCGAUGAUGUACUCAUACCGAUCCUGAAACUGAUUCUGAACCCAUACUGGUCCUAGAACCUAUCAUGAACCGAUACCGGUCCAGGAACUGAUGUUGAACCCAUACCAAUCCAGGAAUUGAUGCUGAACCUAUACCGGUCCUUGAAUCGAUCAUGAACCCAUACCGAUCCUGGAACCGAACUGGUCCUGGAACAAAUAUUGAACCCAUACCGGUCUGGGAACUGAUACUGACUCCAUAUCGGUCCUUGAACCUAUCAUGAACCAAUACCGGUCCUGAGACUGAUACUUAGCCCAUAUCGGUCCUGGAACUGAUUCUGAACCCGUCUUGGUCAUGGAACCGCUCGUGAACUCAUACCGGACUAGAAAUAGCUCCCGAUUGCAUUAAUUUUCUAGUACAGUACCUGGGACUGUUCCAGAUUUCGAUUUGGUACGAUACUUGAACCUCGAUACAGUUCCAGUUCCAGUCGACAAACCAUACCCGGUGGUAUAUUUGCAGCGUAGGAAAUUCAGUAGAAUUUGUAUAGUGAUAAUAAUGCAAAACCAAUAUCUCACCUCCACUUUCACAUGGUC